AUGGCGAACUUCAACAUGAACACAAUGACUUUAUAUUCUCAUCUGCUCGGAUCAUCAACAAAAAUUCUAGUGCUGAUUCCAGAAUACUAUGAUCAGUACACUGAUCGUAUGGAAGAUUACUUAAAUGGUCUAGAUGAAGAGUUGUGGAAGUGCAUCAAUGGAACAGUUCGACCUCCAUUGAAUAUUCAAAAUAUUGGUUCUACUGGAACAACUGCUACUGUUGAAGAACAACAAACAAGACUGGAGAAACAUGAAAAGCGAUGUAUGAGAGAAUUGAGGGGUGCUUUGCCACCUGCUGUUUACAACUACAUUCGUGGUUGUAAAACUGCUAAGGAGAUUUGGAAUACUCUCAAAGAAAAGUAUCAAGGAAGUGAAAAGAUUAAGAUCAAUUCUAUGAAGCAGUGUUUGGUUGAACUAAAGGGGUUUAGACAGAAGGAAAUUGAAACAAUUGAAUUCUAUUACGAUCGACUAAAUGAGUUGAUCUACAGGUGUAAUCGCUACGGAAUUACAAGGUCGUUAAUGGAAUAUAAUCUUACUUUUGUUAUGGGAUUUAGGAAGGAGUGGCGAAGUCUAAAGACACACGAAAGCAAAGUUUCUAAAAUAGAUGAAGAAUCGAAGAUGAGUCUUGGAGAACCAUUGGCUUUAGUUUCGAAAGUGUCUGAAGUGGAGUCUGCUGAAAAGGAGAAUUCGGAUGAAGAAGGUUUACUGUUGAAUUCUGAUGAUAAAGCUAUAACUUUUUACUCGAAUAACCAAGUUAAGAAGUUUUUCAAAAAGCCUUUUAAUCCAAAAGGGAAAAAGAGUGAGCAUAAAGGAAGUUUUAUGAAGUCUGUUGAAGAAGAGAAGAAGAAGUUUAAAAAAUCUGAAGAGAAGGAUCAAAAGAUGAAAGAGUUUAAAGGUGAAAAGAAGUUGAAAGGGGAUUCUGGCAUCGACUAUCAUUAUUGCAAUGGUUCGAAUAAUUUUAUAGUUGGCUGUAUGCUUCGUAAUAAAGAAGAAAAGAAGAACAAAAACAAGGACGAAGCAUAUUAUAUGGAGAAAUUGGAAGAAGUUCGUGAGAAGGCGAAAGGUGUGUCUCUAGUGGCAAGAAGGGAAAGUGAAGAUGAGGAAAGUGGCACAUAUCAGAUCUGGUCAUCCAGUUCUGAUGAUGAAGAGAGGAGGAAAGUGGCAUAUUAUAUUGUUGCUUACUUUGAUGUUACUGUUGUGUCUGCUAGUAACGAGGCAAAGAAACUUAAUAAUCAAUUACUAGAGACAUAA